AUGGACGAAACCUUCACCCUCCUCCCCAUCCAAAUGGACCCGGCAAGCAAAUCCCUCUCCUCCCCGACCCGCACCCUCGACCCGGACCUCACAGCCCUCAACGCCCUCCACCGCGCCAUCCUCGCCCUCCCCAACCAAAUCCCCCCACCCCCCACAAACGUCAACCCGAAGCGCUCCGCCCAGGUGCAGAAGAUGCGCGACCAGGGCAACGCCUCGCUCCGGACGGGCAAAUCCUCGCCGCCCUCGGCCGCCCAGGCGCAGGAGGCGAUCAAGCUGUACACGUACGGCAUCGAGAUGGCGACGGGGCGGCCCGGGUGGGAGCCGAGCGCGCUGGUGAAGGAGGAGGCGGGCGUGCUGUUUGCGAACCGCGCGCAGGCGUACAUGGCGGCGCGGAUGUGGCCCGAGGGGGCGGCGGACGCGGAGACGAGCGUGGAGUUGAAGCGGGCGGGGAACGGGAAGGCGUGGUGGAGGCGGGGGAGGUGUCUUUGCGAGAUGGGCCGGUGGGAGGAGGCGGGGAGGUGGGUGCGCGGUGGGUUGGAGGUGGAGGGGAAUGAGCAGGAUUUGUCGGGGCUGGCGAAGGAGAUUGCGGGUCAUUUGGAUAAGAGCGGGAUAUGA